CCGGAAGUGCCUUCCUUCACUUCCGGCGCGCCGUCAGGUCGGUCGUGUUGUUUUGCUCGCGGGUCAAAUUCCGCACAAACCGAACAAACCGACAUUUCAAUGAACAUUUCCCGCGACGGUCACGUCACGUGAAUGCACAUUUCUCCCCGGGACCUCCGGUAGUCUCCUCCCCGCCGUCUCACCGCCCAGCUGCGGCCUUCGGUCCUGCGACCCCCCGGCAGAAUGUCCUCACGGCGGCCGGACAGCUUCGACGGGCUCGGCUACCGCGGCCGCGACGAGCCGCUGUACGGAGCUCCGUACGCGGCUCGCUCCGCCGGGAGCUCCGCCGAGCUGCAGCACUGGGUCACCACACCCCCGGACAUCCCCGGCAGCCGCAACCUGCACACCGGGGAGCGGACUCCGCUCUACGACGAGCCGUUCGGGGCUCCGGGGGCUCCGGGGGCUCCUGGAGCCGCAGGGGACGAGCCGCAGCCCGGCGUGCCUCCCGCCGAGCAGAUGAGUCGCUUCGCCGGCUUCGGCAUCGGCCUCGCCAGUCUGUUCACGGAGAACGUGCUCGCUCACCCCUGCAUCGUCUUCCGCCGGCAGUGUCAGGUGAACUACCACGCCCGCUGCUUCCACCUGUCGCCGUUCAGCGCCGUCGUUGUCAUGUACGCCAUCGCCAAGGCCCAGGGCCCGCGGGCGCUGUGGAAGGGGAUGGGCAGCACCUUCAUCGUUCAGGGCGUGUCGCUCGGAGCCGAGGGCAUCAUCAGCGAGUUCACGCCGUUACCACGGGAGCUUCCACACAGACGCGGCCUGAAGCAGCUGGCGGGUCAUCUGCUGCUCAAAGGCUUGACCUGCAUCGUGGCUCUGCCGUUCUACUGCGCCAGCCUGAUUGAAACCGUGCAGAGUGACAUCAUCCGUGACCCCGCCCCCGGCUGCCUGGACUGCCUGCGGGAGGGCGGGGCUCGGCUGCUGGGGCUGGGCAUUCCCCACAGCAAAAGGCUCCUCCCCCUGACGGCGUUGCUCCUCCCCGCCGCGCUUCACGCCGUCCUGCGCUACACCGCCGCCGCUGCCGUGCACCACUUCCUGCUGCCCCGCCUCCAGCGGGCCAAGCCGGCCGAUCGGGACGCCGAGUCGCCCGUCGACGCCUACUUCCCCGAGCUGGCGGCGGGGUGGGCGGGGUCUCUGCUGGCCGACAUUGUUGUCUACCCGCUGGAGGCGGGGCUUCACCGCCUGGCCGUCCAGGGCACACGCACCAUCAUUGACGACACGGACGGAGGGGGCGGGGCCGUGGUCCUGCCCGUCAACACGCAGUACGACGGCCUCGCCGACUGCCUGGCCGCCAUCGGCCGGGAGGGGGAGGGGGCGGGGCUGAGCAGGUGGGCGGGGCUGUACAAGGGGGUGGGGGCGGUGUGGCUGCAGUACUCGCUGCACGCCGUGCUGCUGUGGGCCGCCAGGGUCGCCAUGACGACGCUCGAGGCCAGAAACAAGUGAAACAGGAAGUGUACAAAUUACAAGCCUGAAAGGAGAAAAUAAUUUAAGUAAAUGUCAAAGAAACAAGUUUGUUUACUUGUUUAUUUUUGUUUUUUCUGAUGUUACUGUGGAAACCAUGAAUAGAAUCACUUCCUGUGAAUAGAUAAAAUGUCAAGUCCCCAAAGUGAAAUAAAACUGAAGAAUUCCACCUUUUUUUUGGACACUGAAGGCAACAAGGAAAACAAACAAAGAGAUAUUUGCUAUGACUAAUUUUGUUUUGUUUUAUUUUGCAGAGGUUAUCAUGGCAACACGAGGGGAGCGAGUAGAAAAUAAAAAAAAAUAAUGAAUAACAAAAAUAAAUAAAUGCAAAUGAAACUUUUUUAAAGAUGUUGCCGUGGAAACUACAACAAUUAAAACAAAUGAAUACAUUUUUGAAAAGUAAAAAAAAAUAAAAUAAAAAGUAAAAAAUGAAAGACCAUUGAAAAAUUUUUACCCACAACUCCCCCGGGUUUCCAUUUUUCUCCAGGUGUUUUAAAGUCCAUGUUGCCAUGGAAACUACACAGUCCCACAGUGACAUCACUUCCUGUUCCUGUUCUAGAUGUAGAUUAAAUUAUUUGUGAAUACUAUUAGUAAUAAAUUAGAAAUAGUCAGAAAAAUGAUUUUA